AUGGAUUGGGAUUUAUGGAGUCCUUCUUCUGACUUAGUUUCAUAUGAUGGUGAUUACUCCGAGAUUCUCAAGUGGCACUGUGAUUACUUUGGCCGUGGCUGUGCUCGUGAUGAGAUUGAAGAAGAUGCCUUGAAUGCGGAAUCCUGUGUUCAGGUUUUGAGAAUUUUGAUCACUAAAGCGGAUACUGAAAUUGAUGAGCUGGAAAAGGAUCUCUUGUGCCUUCAGAAUGAAUUGUCCUGGACUGAGAAUGAACAGUGGCCUGAAAUAUGCUGUAGUGCGUUGACCGAAAGAAUUAACCAGCUCGAUGUUGCGGUUACUGCUCUGAAGAGUGAUCAUGUUGAUGAUACAGAGGUGCAGCUACUGUUGCAUAGUAAACCUGCUGAGACACUUCAUGAAAUAUUGAAGGUUCUACAUAAAGAUCACUGCCAAGAUGCACAUGUCCAGCAGAGUCUAGAUGAGAACAUCCUGAGUCCAAUUGUGAAUGUUACUGAACAUGCACCGGACAAUGAUUCUAACAAUAGCGAUGCAAAUGUUAUCAUAAGGGAGGGAGGAGAAGACGACUUUGAAAGCUCGGAAAACUCUAGCAACUCAGAGCUUCUUUCGGAGCUUCAUGAAAAGAGACCAGAUGAUCCUGAAAAGGGCAAGGAAUUGCUUGCAAUAUCUCUUGUGAGAAGUCCUGAUUUGGGGGUUGUUAGCUGUGUACCUUACCAUUCUGAAAGGAUGAUAUCAUCUGAUACAUUAGAUGAUAAAGUUACUGGAGAUGAUGAUGUCGGGCAAAGCCAACUCAUUACUACAGAUACAUGUCAAAUCUUGAAUCCGUUUUUGUCCAAGGAAGAAAAUGCAACUCUCAAAGAAGAUGUCUGCUCUGAUGGCUAUAGAUUUUCCACUAUCAAAGGGAACAAACUCCUAACUACUGAGUCAGAUCAAAUCUUGGAUCCAUUCUUGUCUAAGGGAAAUGAAAAUAUUCCAAAUGAAACCAAGGAAGAAAAUAUAACUGUCAUAGAAGAUUUCUGCUCAGAUGAUCAUAAACUUGCUAUUAUCAAGGGGAGCCUCCUCAUUGCUACAGAGACAGGUCAAAUCAUGAAUCAGUUUUUGCCUAAGGGAAAUGAAAAUAUUCGAAGUGAAGCCAAGGAAGAAAAUACAACUCUCAUAGAAAAUGUCUGCUCAGAUGAGGAUAGACUUGCAAUUAUCAAAGGAAGCAUUACUGCUGAGUCAGGUCAUAUCUUGGAUCCGUUUUUGUCCAAGGAAAACCAAAAUAUUCCAAGUAAAACCAAGGAAGUAAAUAUAACUGUGAAAGAAAAUGUCUGCUCAGAUGAUCAUAGACUUCCUUUUAUCAAGGGGAGCCAACUCAUUGCUAAAAGUGCAGGUCAAACCUUGAAUCCAUUUUGGUCGAAGAGAAACAGAAGUAUUCCAAGUGAAACCAAGGAAGUUAAUACGAAUCUCCAAGGAAAUGUAUGCUCGGAUGAUUAUAAGCUUGCAAUUUUGAAGGAGAUAAAAAUGCAUUCUCAUCCCAGAUUUGGUACUAGUCUACAAGAAGAAAGUGAAAAUUUUGAUUUAGCUAAAAAGUUGUGUGAUUUUAUUCCAAAAACUGCACGAAGAGCCUGCAGGAAAGAAUCCAAGGUUGCUCCAGAUGAGGAUUUGGAAUCUAUGGAUGCACCCUUACAAGUUGUUUUUCCUCAAAAUUUGUGUCUUUCUGAUACAGAAUCAUGUGCCAUUAAAAAAAAUAUUGUCAACAAUGCCCUGCAAGCGCUAGACCUAAAGGCCAAAGUUGAUGUUAACUUCAGCAAGUCCUAUAAACGUCAGGGAAAGAAGAAACCAGAAUUUGAGGCAUGUUCUGCCAGAGAACCAUUUAACAGUCCUGCAGAAGUUAUUCCAAGUGCAUCUAAGAGUGUAUCAACCAAGAGGCAACGGAAACCGAAAACCUGUACUGCUGCUACACGAUUAUACACCAACCAAGAGGCAGCGGAAACCCAAAACCUCUACUGCUGUGAUUAUGCUUCAACCAAGAGGCAGCGGAAACCAGAAACUUGUACUGCUGGAAUUACUAAUUGGACUGGGCAGCCGAGUCAGAAUGAAACUGAUGGCAAUGCUGUUGUGCUUUAUGGCAGCAAAUUUUCUGAAUUACAAGAGAAAGGACAAGUCUCAGAGUUGUCAAUUACCUCAGAAGUACAAAAUUCAUUUGUUAACUACUUUGAUACAACAACUUUGGAUGUCUCGCCGCUUGCGCUGGUGGAUCCUCAUAAUGAGAGCUCAUCUUUGCUCCCUGUUUACUCGACAGAAACCUUGAUGAAAAAGAAAUUGGCUGAGUUGAGGCCCAUGGCAAAGCAACACAAAAUAGCAAAGAUCUCUAAGCUUAACAAAGCAGCUUUGGUUGAACAAUUAGUUAUGCGACUCAGCAGCCGCUGA